ACACAGCAGUGAAGCUCUUAUUGGAGAGAGGAGCCCCUAUGCUGGCCAGAACCAAGAACGGUUUAUCUCCACUCCACAUGGCAGCGCAGGGUGACCAUGUGGAGUGUGUCAAACACCUGCUGCAGCACAAGGCACCUGUUGAUGAUGUCACACUGGACUACUUGACAUCCCUCCAUGUUGCUGCUCACUGUGGUCACUACAGAGUUACCAAACUUCUGCUAGACAAGAGAGCCAACCCAAAUGCUAGAGCAUUGAAUGGUUUCACUCCUCUACACAUUGCCUGUAAGAAAAACAGAGUCAAAGUGAUGGAGCUCUUGAUCAAGUAUGGAGCAUUCAUUCAAGCUAUCACUGAGUCUGGUCUCACACCAAUCCAUGUGGCAGCCUUCAUGGGUCAUCUCAACAUUGUUCUUUUACUAUUGCAGAGUGGAGCUUCGCCUGAUGUUAGCAACAUAGUAAGUAAACAUCAAGCUGUCUGUCUUCCAUCAUAGAAUCUUAAAAGUGGUCAAUGUGGAAUGUUCUACAUACUGUAGGCUGUGCUAAAUGAAGCUCAUAAUUUUUUCGGAUUUUUUUAUUUUUAUUUUUAUUUUUAUUAAUAUCCAUCAGUAUAUUGAAA